AUGCUGAAGUCCCGGCGGCUCUUCCAGCAGCGGCAGCGGCUCCAGCAGCAGCGGCGGCGGCGGCGGCGGCGGCAGCGACAGCGCUCGGCUCCGGCGGGAAAGGCGCCCGGCGCCCAUGCCUCCGGCCCCGCGCCGCGGCUGCCCUGACCCGGCCGCGACCUCCCUCUGCGCACCCCGCCGCCCGGGCUUCUGGGGGGUUCCCCAACCACGGCCCAGCCCUGCCACACCCCCCGCCCCCGGCCUCCGCAGCUCGGCAUGGGCGCGGGGGCGCUCGUCCUGGGCGCCUCCGAGCCCGGUAACCUGUCGUCGGCCGCACCGCUCCCCGACGGCGCGGCCACCGCGGCGCGGCUACUGGUGCCAGCGUCGCCGCCCGCCUCGUUGCUGCCUCCCGCCAGCGAAGGCCCCGAGCCGCUGUCGCAGCAGUGGACAGCGGGCAUGGGUCUGCUGAUGGCGCUCAUCGUGCUGCUCAUCGUGGCGGGCAACGUGCUGGUGAUCGUGGCCAUCGCCAAGACGCCGCGGCUGCAGACGCUCACCAACCUCUUCAUCAUGUCCCUGGCCAGCGCCGACCUGGUCAUGGGGCUGCUGGUGGUGCCGUUCGGGGCCACCAUCGUGGUGUGGGGCCGCUGGGAGUACGGCUCCUUCUUCUGCGAGCUGUGGACCUCGGUGGACGUGCUGUGCGUGACGGCCAGCAUCGAGACCCUGUGUGUCAUUGCCCUGGACCGCUACCUCGCCAUCACCUCGCCCUUCCGCUACCAGAGCCUGCUGACGCGCGCGCGGGCGCGGGGCCUCGUGUGCACCGUGUGGGCCAUCUCGGCCCUGGUGUCCUUCCUGCCCAUCCUCAUGCACUGGUGGCGGGCGGAGAGCGACGAGGCGCGCCGCUGCUACAACGACCCCAAGUGCUGCGACUUCGUCACCAACCGGGCCUACGCCAUCGCCUCGUCCGUGGUCUCCUUCUACGUGCCCCUGUGCAUCAUGGCCUUCGUGUACCUGCGGGUGUUCCGCGAGGCCCAGAAGCAGGUGAAGAAGAUCGACAGCUGCGAGCGCCGUUUCCUCGGCGGCCCCGCGCGGCCGCCCUCGCCCUCGCCCUCGCCCGUCCCUGCGCCCGCGCCGCCGCCCGGACCCCCGCGCCCCGCCGCCGCCGCCGCCACCGCCCCGCUGGCCAACGGGCGUGCGGGUAAGCGGCGGCCCUCGCGCCUCGUGGCCCUGCGCGAGCAGAAGGCGCUCAAGACCCUGGGCAUCAUCAUGGGCGUGUUCACGCUCUGCUGGUUGCCCUUCUUCCUGGCCAACGUGGUGAAGGCCUUCCACCGCGAGCUGGUUCCCGACCGCCUCUUCGUCUUCUUCAACUGGCUGGGCUACGCCAACUCGGCCUUCAACCCCAUCAUCUACUGCCGCAGCCCCGACUUCCGCAAGGCCUUCCAGCGACUGCUCUGCUGCGCUCGCAGGGCUGCCCGCCGGCGCCACGCGACCCACGGAGACCGGCCGCGCGCCUCGGGCUGUCUGGCCCGGCCGGGACCCCCGCCGUCGCCCGGGGCCGCCUCGGACGACGACGACGACGAUGUCGUCGGGGCCACGCCGCCCGCGCGCCUGCUGGAGCCCUGGGCCGGUUGCAACGGCGGGGCGGCGGCGGACAGCGACUCGAGCCUGGACGAGCCGUGCCGCCCCGGCUUCGCCUCGGAAUCCAAGGUGUAGGGCCCGGCGCGGGGCGCGGACGCCGGGCACGGCUUCCCAGGGGAACGAGGAGAUCUGUGUUUACUCAAGACCGAAAGCAGGUGAACUCGAAGCCCACAAUCCUCGUCUGAAUCAUCCGAGGCAAACAGAAAAGCCACGGACCGUUGCACAAAAAGGAAAGUUUGGGGAGGGAUGGGAGAGUGGCUUGCUGAUGUUCCUUGUUUUUUUUUCUUUUCUUUCUUUCUUUUUUUUUUUUUCUGUUUGUAGUCCGGCCUUGUUUUGUGUGUGCGUGUGAUGCAUCUUUAGAUUUUUUUUUCCCCCACCAUGUGGUUUUUGACACUCUCUGCGAGGACCGGAGUGGAAGAUGGGUGGGUUAGGGGAAGGCAGAAGCAUUAGGAGGGGAUUAAAAUCCAUUAACGUGGCUCCCAUCCCUUUCCUGGGAACAGGAACACUCUACCAGCCAGAGAGAGAAGAAUGACAGUUUGUCAAGACAUAUUUCCUUUUGCUUUCCAGAGAAAUUUCAUUUUAAUUUCUAAGUAAUGAUUUCUGCUGUUAUGAAAGCAAAUAGAAAGGAUGGAGGCAAAAUUUUAAAAAUCACGUUUCAAGAAAUGUUAAGCUCUUCUUGGAACAAGAACCACCUUGCUUUCCUUGUGUAGGGCAAACCCGCUGUCCCCCGCGCGCUUGGGUGGUCAGGCUGAGGGAUUUCUACCUCACACUGUGCAUUUGCACAGCAGAUAGAAAGACUUGUUUAUAUUAAACAGCUUAUUUAUGUAUCAAUAUUAGUUGGAAGGACCAGGCGCAGAGCCUCUCUCUGUGACAUGUGACUCUGUCAAUUGAAGACAGGACAUUAAAAGGGAGAGAGAGAGAGAGAAACAGUUCAGAUUACUGCACAUGUGGAUAAAAACAAAAACAAAAAAAAGGAGUGGUUCAAAAUGCCAUUUUUGCACAGUGUUAGGAAUUACAGAAUCCACAGAAGAUGUUACUUGCACAAAAAGAAAUUAAAUAUUUUUUAAAGGGAGAGGGGCUGGGCAGAUCUUAAAUAAAAUUCAAACUCUACUUCUGUUGUCUAGUAUGUUAUUGAGCUAAUGAUUUAUUGGGAAAAUACCUUUUUAUACUCCUUUAUCAUGGUACUGUAACUGUAUCCAUAUUAUAAAUAUAAUUAUCUUAAGGAUUUUUUAUUUUUUUUUAUGUCCAAGUGCCCACGUGGAUUUGCUGGUGAAAGUUAGCACUUGUGUGUAAAUUCUACUUCCUCUUGUGUGUUUUACCAAGUAUUUAUACUCUGGUGCAACUAACUACUGUGUGAGGAAUUGGUUCAUGUGCAAUAAAUACCAAUGAAGCACAAUCAA